GCAAAACACCGCUUCUUUCGAUUAUCUAUCUCUUUUCCAUUUAUCUUUUCUUGACUUUUUUUUUUCUAUUCUUGUUCUGUUAUAAACAAAAAUGUGUAAUAAUUAUUCAUCAAUCAUCAGAAUAAUACAAAUAAGGAAGGUAUCUAUCUUGUCACCCUCUCUCUCUUGUUACCAAGAUGAGCUUCUACAAAAGAAGCUUUCACUCUUUCCUUGGCCAAACCAACACCAAAACGAUGCCGUUUGAAUCCGGUCUUGGCCAUGACGAGGCGAAUGGUUUAAUGUUGUGUACAGAGUAUCUAGGGUUCGAGAGUUACGACAUGAGGAUGUCCGAUAACGAGGUGGAGAAUAAGAUGACUUGUCACGUGGAGGUGGAGACCGAAAGGGUCGAAACAAAGAGGAGGAAGACGAAGGAGAAUGUGGUGGCGCGAGAGCCGGGAAAAAAGUUUCCUCCGCCUCUCUCGUCGUUUAACGGCCGAGGAAAACGGUCUUUUUAUCUCCGGCCGGUAAGGAAGGAUGGUAGAUUGGAACUUACGCAAGUUAUGAUCAAUCGACCAGAGAUUUUCCACGCUUCUAGAGAAGAUGGACGGUUGAGAUUACAUUUUGUCGAUGGUGUCGAGAAUCCCAUUAGAGGUUGUUGUGGUCCCGAAGAAAUCGUUGCCUUAGAAGACGGACCUAAGGGUCUAGGUAAUGAGAACGAGGGAGGGGAGAUAAGUAGAUCUGAUCUGAAAUGGGGUACAGAGAUUCUUGAAGAUGACAAUGAUGGUGCAUGUGAUGAAGUGGUGGAUUUAUCUAUGAUCAAUGAUGUUGCAAAACGUUGGAGAUGUAAAACUAGUCAUGAGGUUUCGGUGAAUAGUGAUAAUGAUGUAGCACAUUUCCAUGAUGAUCAUGACACGAGAGAAUGGAGGUACAAGAACAAUCAUCAUCAUCAUCAUCGUUUUCAUCAUAUUCAUCCAUACCAUCAUCAUAAUAGUAACAAUAACAUGCAUUUGUGGACCCGGACGUACGUGAAGACCAGGUGAGGUUAUCAAUGUUUUUACGUGGCGGCUUGAAAAAGAAUCAAAAUAUCAAAAAAAAAAAAAAAAGUACAGCUAUUUUAUCUCUGGACGUUGUAUGUUUAAAAAAUAUUCGAAAAGUCAAAGAUCCUUGUGUAUAUUUAUUAUUCGUUUAACAUGUAUAUGACUUCCACAAAUGCACAGCUUGUUACAACUUUCAAUAUGCAUAGAGUGAUAGAGUAUUAUUUUAAUUUUGACUACAAUUUUUUUUUCUUUUGUAAAUUCAUCAUGUAAUGUUGUAAAAUCGAACUUAGAUU